UGUGCGUGGGGGCAGCGGGGAUGCUGUGUAAUUUUAUCCACGCUGCACUCUGGGAGUUCACACGAGAGCGAUACCUUUUGCCUCCUCUGCUUCGUAUCAAUUGGUCGCAGAUCGGGCUAUUGUUGCGGGGAGCCGCUUUUAUUUCUAUGCUCCGCCGGUCAGCUAUUUCCCCGCAGCCUCCUGCCGAAAUUCAGCGGGGCUCUCUCCCCCCCCGCCUCCUCCUGCCUCUCGUGCCGUCUGUCUAGCUGGAAACCCAAGGAGAAGGCUGAGCGCGGCAGCUCCAUCUCACGCAAACAGCUGGGACUCUUCGGCGGCCUUCGCCGAUGUCUAUUGAUUUAAGUAAAUCUGAGACAGAUAAAAGGGCCAGAUCGGGGCCGAUGAUAAAAACUUGCCGAUGCUUCGCCUCUGGACGCGGUGCGCGCCGUGCCGCCCCGCCGCGCCGCUAGCCGGACGCCGUUAAUGGGAGCCCCGGUGCCGCUCGCCUCGAGCCUCCACUCCCCCGCGGGCUGAGCGCGGCGGUCACCAUGCCACGAUGCUCGUGAUCUGGCUCCUGCUGCUCGCCCUGCUGCCCGAGCCGCGCGCCCCGGGCGCCGCAGCCUCCCCGAGGGCCCCGCGGGAUGCGGGGGGGCGCGGCGGCGUCUACGAGCACCUCGGGGGAGCGCCCCGCCGCAGGAAGCUCUACUGUGCCACCAAGUACCACCUGCAGAUCCACCCCGGCGGCAAGAUCAACGGCACCUUGGAGAAAAACAGCGUCUUCAGUAUCCUUGAAAUAACUGCUGUUGAUGUCGGGAUCGUCGCUAUCAAGGGCUUGUUCUCUGGCAGAUACCUGGCCAUGAACAAAAGGGGCAGGCUUUAUGCAUCAGAGAACUAUAACACAGAGUGCGAGUUCGUGGAGAGGAUCCAUGAACUGGGCUACAACACCUAUGCAUCCCGUCUGUACCGGACUGUACCUAGCGGAACCAGCACCAAGCGCAAAGCCAGUGCAGAGAGACUCUGGUAUGUCUCAGUCAAUGGGAAAGGACGACCCAGGAGGGGCUUUAAAACUCGCAGGACACAGAAAUCCUCCCUCUUUCUGCCCAGAGUAUUGGAUAGCAAAGACCAUGAAAUGGUCCGACUGUUCCACACAAAUGUGAGAUACCGAGAGAGCCUCCUGAAGCCUCCCAGCAAGAACCAGCGAAGACGGAGAGGACGCUGAGGGAGCAGGGAGAGCUUGUGUGGGAACUGGAAGUGAGCAAGUCUUCAAAAUACUACUAAAGGAAAUUAACAGUGGUGAUUGUAUGGCAGGUGUUAACAUGGGCAUUUUUAUACAGUGUGUAAAAUAACUGAACAUGCAUCGCUUACUUUUAGCUAUUUUAGAAUUAUUAUCCAUGGUAAGGGAAA